AGAGGUUCCUCUCUUAAUCUGAAACCGUCGCCCCGUCGUUUCCGGCUUCCGCAGCGGAACACGGGGUCCCAGGAAACCACAACACGAUGACCUACAGCUGCAGCAGCGGACUCGAGACCGGCACACAGCACGAACUCUCCCUGACAAGGAGCAGAACAGAAGGAUGAGCUCACUGCGGAGACCGCUGAGUGAGCUGCUCACAGUAUGGCGCUUGAGGAGGAGGGUUGAUGUUUCGAUCUACCCAGCUACUGGCUGUCACUUCAGGACUUUCUGCUCCACCACUUCAGAACCAGACCCCAUCCAGAUCCACAAGAGGAAGCUCUUCCUGUGGUUCAGUCACCUUCCCCAGGAGGAAAAACAGUUUGGAGGUUACAUCAGCCCGGAGUCCAUUCAUGUGGAUCCACUUAUUCUGGAAAGAAAGGCUGAGGAGAGGGCAGGACCACUCAGCUCCCUUCCCCAAAGCCAGACCCCCUCCAGCCACUCUGUGACUGUGGAACAGCUGUUUGAGCCCACUGAUGCCUGGAGUGAUGGUCGGGGGGUCAAUGUGCUGUUGUACGGGGCUGUGGGAACAGGUAAAAGUACAGUGAUCCGAAAGCUGGUUCUGGACUGGUGCACUGGGACUACCCUGACCAACUUCAAGCUCCUGGUGCCUUUCUCUUGUGAGGACCUCAGCCACCUGUCAAGGGUUGCUUCCUUAAGGGAUCUGGUGAGCAGGAAGUACCUCCACCUAAGAAAACACCCCUUGCUGAGUGGAGAGGGAAACCAGGCCAAGGAUGUGCUCUUCGUCUUCAAUGGGAUAGAGAAGAUGAAACUGGACUUCCGAAUUGGAUCAACAGAGCUCUGCAGUGAUCCUAAUGAGGCUUUGCGUCCAGAUGUAGUGGUGGUGAACCUGCUGAGGAAGUACCUCCUGCCUGAGGCCAGCAUCUUGGUGUCCACCAGACUGUCUGCCCUGGACAGUAUCCCUCAGAAGUAUGUGAGUCGCUAUGCGCAGAUUUGUGGCUUCAGUGACCCAGACCGUCAGCGGACGUACUUCACCAGCCGCCUACUUCAGCGGAGUAGGGAGACAACACGUGACAGUGAGGCCCAGGCUCUUGUAGAGCUGCUUUACUUCAACCUCCAGAGAGAAAGCCAGCUGGCUGCAGCCUGCUACUUGCCCUCUUACUGCUGGCUUACAUGUGCUACCUUACACUUCCUCCAUUUUACUGAUGCCAAGGCACCCAUCCGAACACUGACUGGCAUAUACACUAGUUUCCUAAGGCUCAACUUUGGGGGUGAGGUGCUGGGCACAAGCACAAGGACAGAUGUGCCCAUUCAGGACCACCACAUUUCUUUGAUGUUGUACGUAGUCCGUACAGUUGGUAAACUGGCAUUUGAUGGCGUGACAUACAAACGAACGUCAUUCUCAGAGAAUGAACUGGAGCAGUGGAUAGGAGGGAAGACCAAGACGGAUGAGGAGCUACGUCAGUUGGCCAUGUUCCAGACUGAUGUGCUAGACUUCUUCCUGGCUCCUUGUGUAGAAAGUGGUAAGAAUUUACCAGAACCUCUCAAUGAGAAUGGUCAAAGGCGGUAUGUAUUCGCUGUCCCAGCCAUGCAGGAGUACCUGGCAGCUCUCUAUGUGGUUUUAGGUGAGAACAAAUCAGCUCUGGAGAAGCUGACCAGGCAGGUGUCUGUGGCCAUUGGUCAGGCAAAUGAGGAUGUUAGUGCCCUCUUCAACAUCCUUUCUAAAUUUGUCCCCCUUCGAAUAUUUGCUGUGUUCAACCUCCUCAAACUUUUUCCAAAGUUCUACGAGAAAAUCAGCAGCCAUAACAAAGGCAGCAUAGCCAGAACCAUGGCAGCUGAGAUGUUCCGCACUGAGGAUAGCUACAACGAGGAUGUCCUGGAUCAGGUGGAGCACAGGCUCCUGGGAGUCCAUGGCCCUCAGCCACAGCAGUACAGUGAAGGCCAGUCUUUUGAGCUUUACCCCAUCUUCAUGGGUGGACUUUUGCAUUAUGGUAACCGUGUCCUUCUCCAGCAACUUGGCUGCAACAUCCAGAGCAACACUGUGGUCCAGAUCACAAAUGCCCUAAGGAAGCACCUUGUCAGAGAGCUCAGCAAGCCACAGCCACCAGAGGAGUUGAUGGAUUUGCUAGUCCUUCUGUAUGAAUUUCAGAACCCCAGACUGACUGCAGAAGUUCUGGCCUCAAUCAGAACCAUCCGCCUAGCAAACAUUCGUAUGACGUCACUCAAAUGCUUCAUACUGAGCUCUGUACUCUCAUGUACCCCUGCCAGUUAUCACCUUGAAGAGCUGGACCUGUCCUCAUGUCUCCUGACUCAUGACAUGCUUCAGAUGCUGAGGCCUGCCUUCAGACACAUACAUAACCUCAAUUUGCAGUUUAACAGCCUUGGUCCAGACUCCUGCAUCCUCCUGAAAGAACUGCUACAAGAUCCCAAGAACUCUAUUAGAUCUCUACAACUGUGUGACAACCCUCUGCUUGACUCUGGAUCCUGCACCCUGCUGGAGGCCCUUCCAGAGAACCAGUCCUUGACACACCUGUCCCUGAUGCACACUGGGCUGGGGGACCAGGGGGCCCUGGAGCUGGCUGAGAGACUGCAGGAUCACACGGUGCUCCAGGAGCUGAAUGUGGCCUAUAACAACAUCGGAGACGAUGCUGCUCUGGCUCUGGUGGACGCCUGCAGGGAACACCCCAGCAUUCACACCGUGCAUUUGUAUCUGAACUCCCUCACUGACAUGGGGAAGCAGUCCCUUUAUGUGCGAGGUAUCCCAAGAAGCCAUGGCAGCAGCGGCCGGAGAGUCAAGGUCCUGGCGUCAGUCACUGAAGGCUCAGACAUUUCCGAGGACUGGCAUCCCAUCCUCAGCGUGAUACGAGAGAACGCCUCAUCCUGGGACCGCCAACGUGUCGAGCAGCAGCUUAAGGUCUUCCUCAGGGAUCUGGAGUGGGGGCGUAAGCAGCAGCACAGUAUCUGGAGGAGGCUGCACUUCCGCAGGGUGGAGAAGGGGGUCCGACAGACGUUGCAGAUGCUGGAGAAGAGUACUCUUCCUCCAUUUACAGGACACAACAAAUAAUAUAAAGCUAGAGGGAAAGGGCUUUUAAUGUCUUCAGCAGCAUUUCACGUUUGACAUGUUCACACAGGAACUCUUUGCAACCAAGAGAUACAGCUUCAGUAUUAAUAUUAAAGUAUUGUCAAACGUAUUUAGAAACCAUCUAAAGGAUAGUCUCUCUGACUUUGCUUCAACACUUUGUUACAUCGGCUAAGAGAACACAGAGCUGGGCCUUCCCCCACAAAUCAAGUCAAUUUUAUUUAUAUGGUGCCAAAUAAGUUAUCUUAGGUCUCUUUUCAUAUAGAGCAGAUCUAGACCAUUCCCCCAUGGUAAAGGGUAGUUAGGAGACACUACUCAAGUACAACUCCUUGGGCCUGUACUACGUAGCAAGUUAAACAUACCCAGGAUAUGUUUUCAUUAUCUGGCUAAACUAAACCUAACAUAGACUGUUCUGAUAACCUGUACUACGAAGUUGGAUAUCAAUUGUGUCAGUUAACCCUGGGUAUUAAUUAGAGCCCGACCGACCCCAUACUGAAAAUUUAGGACCGAUGCCGAUAUUAUGGAGUACAAUUUCCCAUAUUAAUGUACUUAUCAAACACUUUUGACAAAGAUAUUUAAUGGAGGCAGGAAAUUUUACAGUUUAACAAUGAACUUUAUCAUACAAAAUGAGUCAUUAUCAUGCACUGAACAGUAGAUGUAUUCACUUAUUUUAAAUAACUGUAAAUAAAAUACAGAAAUGGAACAUUAAAUCUGCAAGCAGCGAUGAUCGGGUCGACACAUGCGCGUACGUCGGGGUGUGUCGCGGAUUCCACUUCCUUUGUCCAGAAUGUUGCUCUCGAUCAUUGUUUCUCAACUGGUCUAGCCUCAAGACCAACCUUUUGCCUUAGACAUGAAGUCACGACCCAAAUUUCUGAAAAUUGUUACUCACCACAAAAUCGGUAUUUAAUGUCUUCGGUGUCAUAUUUGCAUUUACCCGGUUUAGCCAUGUUUACAAAUGCUCGAGAGCGCGUGUUACCCUGACGCAUGUGCACUUGUUCGGAAACGUAUGUCCUUCAAAAUAAAAGCGCUGCACCAAAUUGUUUUUCUUCAAUGUUAUUCCAUAGAUUUGUUGUGUUUUGGGUUUCAUAUCAUUUAUGAUGAAUUUUUUGUUGUUUUGUUAAAUAAAAUAAAAAAGAUAUAUAUGCAUAAAUCGUCGACCCGCUCAAAAUGGCUCUGCAACCCACUUUUGGGUAGUGACCCACCAGUUGAGAAUCACUGCUCUCAAUAUUGACAUGUAGAUGUGUUGAGGUUGGGACUGUUAUCAUGUAUGAGAAAUUUGGUGAACAUAUGAGCAUGUGGAGUGGAGUUACGGCAGCCUGAUGUGAUGGUGGCACAUUGAAAUUUGCCGCCAAGCCACUGGGAGGGCAUUAGAUGAAAAUGGACCGAUUUUUACAAAAUAUCACAUCAUUAAAGUGUUUUUACUUUUUUGAGCUAGUUUGAAUUGGAUGAUAUAAACCUGCAAUGCAGAGGAACGUCCCCAUCAUGGAAUAACAGCAAACUUUCCUACAAGGCCACGCCCAUGGCGUUCCAUGGAAUACAAAUCUUUUGAUAACUUUAAAUCACAAUCCUAAAUGGCUUACUUCCUGUGGGUUUAGGUCAUGGUUCCAAGAGACUUUUUUUUUUAAGUCUUGGGAUGUAUCGUACAUGUAGAUGAAACGGUAACUGUUACACUACUAUUAUCAUUUGUCAAUUCACUGUAAACUCCUUUGUCCCUGUCAGAAUCCUGUAGAAUGAUUUGUAAUACUGACCUCAGUGCUUUAAAACAAUGUAUGUUGUGAUUUGGUCCUAUACAAAUAAAAUUGAAUUGAAUUUAAUGAUGA